AAACCUGCAGUCCCGAAGCAUUCCAGUGUCCUGGGUCACAUAUGUGCAUCCCUCAGCGCUGGAAGUGUGACGGUGACAAAGACUGUCCCGAUGGAGCUGAUGAGAGCGUCAAAGCUGGCUGUGUGUUCAACAACACAUGCAGCAACAACGAGUUCAUGUGCCAGAACCGACAGUGUAUACCGAAGCACUUUGUGUGCGACCAUGACAACGACUGCAGUGAUGGCUCAGAUGAGUCCCAGGAGUGUGAGUAUCCAACAUGUGGACCUAAUGAGUUCCGCUGUGCCAACGGACGCUGCCUCAUCCAGAGCUCAUGGGAGUGUGAUGGAGACUUCGACUGCCAUGACCGCUCAGACGAGGCGCCCAAGAACCCACACUGCACUGGCCCGGAGAAAAAAUGCAACGACACUGCUUACGCCUGCAACAAUGGAAACUGUGUGAAUGAGACGUUGCUCUGUGACCAUAAGGACGACUGUGGUGAUGGCUCUGAUGAGCUGAACUGCUUCAUUAACGAGUGCCUGAACAGCAAACUGAGCGGCUGCUCUCAGCUCUGUGAGGACCUGAAAAUAGGCUUCAAGUGUAGAUGCCACCCAGGCUUCCGUCUGAAAGAUGACGGGAAGACGUGUGUCGACAUAGAUGAGUGCACGACCACCUAUCCCUGCACGCAGCGAUGCAUCAACACACACGGCAGCUUCCACUGUCUGUGUGUGGAGGGUUUCCAGCUUAGUCCUGCAAACCCCACCAUAUGCAAAUCCACCUCUGAUGAGGAGCCGUUCCUGAUCUUUGCCAACCGCUAUUACCUGAGGAAGCUCAACUUGAAUGGAUCCAACUACACACUGAUCAAACAGGGCUUGAACAAUGCUGUGGCUCUGGACUUCGACUACCGGCAACAGAUGGUUUAUUGGACAGAUGUGACCACCCAGGGCAGCAUGAUCCGACGCAUGCACAUCAACGGCAGCGACGUUCAGGUCCUUCAUCGCACAUCGCUCAGCAACCCAGACGGUCUGGCAGUGGACUGGGUGGGAGGAAACCUGUACUGGUGUGAUAAGGGACGAGACACAAUUGAGGUGUCAAAGCUGAAUGGAGCGUACCGGACAGUUCUGGUCAACAGUGGCCUGAGGGAGCCACGUGCUGUGGCAGUGGACGUACGCUAUGGGUAUUUAUACUGGUCAGACUGGGGUGACAGCCCUCACAUAGGGAGGAUUGGGAUGGAUGGCACCAACAGGACUGUGAUCGUGGAGGAUAAGAUCACGUGGCCCAAUGGUCUCACGCUGGACUUUAUUAACGACCGCAUCUACUGGGCUGAUGCUCGGGAGGACUACAUAGCAUUUGCCAGCCUGGAUGGAACCAACAGACACACAGUUUUGACUCAGGAUAUUCCCCACAUCUUUGCUAUGACCCUGUUUGAGGAGUUCAUCUACUGGACGGACUGGGAGACUAAGUCCAUCAACCGAGCUCAUAAGACCCUGGGAAUCAACAAGACUAUGCUGAUCAGCACCUUACACAGGCCUAUGGACGUUCACAUUUUCCACCCAUACCGCCAGCCUGAAGUGGCUGGCCACCCGUGCCAAUUCAACAACGGAGGCUGCAGUAACCUGUGUUUGCUCUCACCUGGAGGGGGCUUCAAGUGUGCUUGCCCCACUAACUUCUACCUGGCAGCUGAUGGCAAACAGUGCUUGUCCAACUGCACUGCAAGUCAGUUUGUUUGCAAAAAUGACAAGUGCAUUCCAUUUUGGUGGAAGUGUGACACUGAAGAUGACUGUGGUGACCGCUCAGAUGAGCCUGCAGACUGCCCUGAGUUUAAAUGCAGACCAGGCCAGUUCCAGUGUGGCACCGGCAUCUGCACCAACCCAGCUUAUAUCUGUGAUGGAGACAAUGACUGCCAAGACAACUCAGAUGAGGCCAACUGCGAUAUCCAUGUGUGCCUGCCCAGCCAGUUUAAAUGCACCCACCCCAGUCGCUGCAUCCCUGGCAUCUUCCGCUGCAAUGGACAGGACAACUGUGGAGAGGGAGAGGAUGAGAAAGACUGUCCUGAAGUUACAUGCGCCCCCAACCAGUUCCAGUGCGCCAUCACCAAACGCUGUAUCCCACGUGUGUGGGUGUGUGACAGGGACAAUGACUGUGUGGAUGGAUCUGAUGAGCCGGCCAACUGCACUCAAAUGACGUGUGGCGUGGAUGAGUUCCGCUGUAAGGACUCGGGACGCUGCAUCCCGGCGCGUUGGAAGUGUGACGGAGAGGAUGACUGCGGAGAUGCUUCUGAUGAACCCAAGGAAGAGUGUGAUGAACGGACGUGCGAGCCAUACCAGUUCCGCUGCAAGAACAACCGCUGCGUGCCUGGCCGCUGGCAGUGUGACUACGACAACGACUGUGGUGACAACUCGGAUGAAGACAAGUGUGUGCCUCGUCAAUGUUCGGAGAGUGAGUUUGCCUGCACAAAUGGCCGCUGCAUUGCCGGGCGCUGGAAGUGCGACGGGGACCACGAUUGUGCUGAUGGCUCAGAUGAGAAUGGCUGUGAUGUGAAGUGUGACAGUGAUCAGUUCCAGUGCAAAAACGGCCAUUGCAUCCCCAUCCGUUGGCGCUGUGACGCUGAUGCUGACUGCAUGGACGGCAGCGACGAGGAGAAAUGUGACAGUGGCGUGGGUAGAUACUGCCCCCUGGAUGAGUUCCAGUGCAACAACACCCUUUGUAAGCCUCUGGGCUGGAAGUGCGAUGGCGAGGAUGACUGUGGAGACAACUCUGAUGAGAACCCAGAGGAGUGUGUUAAAUUCCAGUGUCCACCCACAAGGCAGUUUCGCUGUCACAACGACCGGGUCUGUCUGCCGAUAUCAAAACGCUGUGAUGGAGUCAACAACUGUGGGGACGACAGUGAUGAACUUAACUGCUUGCCUCCCUCGACACCAACGUGUCAGAAGGAUGAGUUCCAGUGCUCCAAUGGACAAUGCAUCAGCUCCGUCCUGCGCUGCAACUACUUCAACGACUGCGAGGACUACGGUUCUGAUGAAGUCAACUGCAACAAGAAAGGCACGGUGCUGAAUGACUGUCGCAGUAACAGAACAGUGUGCGGAGACGGAGAUGAAGCUCACUGUGUGGUGAACGGCACCGACUCUUUCUGCUCCUGCAAACCUGGCUUCCUGCCCAAAGGACGGAACAGAUGUGAAGAUAAGAACGAGUGCAAGCAGUUCGGAGUGUGUUCCCACAUCUGCAACAACACGAAGGGUUCUUACAAGUGCAGCUGCCAAAAGUACUUCAUCAGAAUCAAUGACACCUGCAAGGCUGAUGCUCCAAGACAAGUGCUCUACAUCGCUGAUGACAAUGAGAUCCGCAGCCUGGACCCUUCAAUGCCAAACUGGCGCUACGAGCAGAUCUUCCAGGGCGAUGCCAAUGUGCGCAUCGAUGCCAUGGACCUGCACAUCAAGACGAACCGCAUUUACUGGACAAACUGGCACACAGGGCGUAUUUCUUCUUAUGAUUUGCCUUCUUACUCCUCCUCCCCUAAUAACAACCGUAACAGACGGCAAACUGACUCCAGGAUCACCCACCUGGAGAUCCCUGAUCUCAAGAUGCCACGUGGCAUUGCCGUGGACUGGGUGGCAGGGAACUUGUACUGGACUGACUCUGGAAGAGAUGUUAUUGAAGUUGCCCAGAUAAGUGGAGGACACCACCGCAAAACCCUCAUCUCUGGGAUGAUCGAUGAGCCAUAUGCCAUUGUGGUCGACCCCCAGAGAGGGAAAAUGUACUGGGCAGACUGGGGGAACCACCCGAAGAUUGAAACAGCUGCUAUGGACGGAACCAUGAGAGAGACGCUGGUGGAGGAAAACAUCCAGUGGCCGACUGGUCUGGCAGUGGACUACUUUAAUGAGCGUCUGUACUGGGCCGACGCCAAACUCUCCCAGAUCUGCAGCGUGAGGUUUAACGGCAGCGACGCAGUUGUGGCUGCAAACAGCAUUAAGAACAAACUCCGUCAUCCCUUCAGCAUCGAUGUGUUUGAAGACUACGUCUAUGGCGUCACGUACAUAAACAACUACGUCUUCAGAGUGAAUAAAUUCGGCAAAGGUCCCAUUGAGAACCUGACAACUGGAAUGAACCAUGCUACAGAUAUAGUUUUGUACCACCGCUACAAACAACCUGAGAUUACAAACCCCUGCGACAGGAAGAAAUGUGAGUGGCUGUGUCUGCUGAGCCCCAGUGGACCCGUCUGCACCUGUCCCAACGGACGCACGCUGGACAAUGGCACAUGCGUGGAGCUGCCCACUCCCACACUGUCUCCUAUCUCUCCUCCUAGUGGUCCCUGCUUGGUCCAGUGUAUGAACGGUGGCAGCUGUUUCCUGAACGCCCACAAGCAACCGAAGUGUCGCUGUCAGCCUAAUUACGGAGGCGAACAAUGUGAGAUCGACCAGUGUAGAGACUACUGCAAGAAUGGAGGCACAUGCGCACCUUCCCCUACAGGUUCUCCUACUUGUCGAUGCCCGACAGGCUUCACUGGGCCAAACUGUAACCUGCACACAUGUAAGGAUUAUUGUAAGAAUGGAGGCAACUGCACCGUCAGUGCCGGAAACCAGCCAACCUGCCGCUGUCCUGAUGACUUCUUGGGCGACCAGUGCCAGUACAGAAGCUGUGAAGGCCACUGCCUGAACAAAGGUACAUGUCUACUAAGUGAAAAUGGCGCCAAGCUCUGCCGCUGUCUGCCCCAGUACAGCGGCAGCACAUGUGAAAUCGACAAGUGUCACUAUUGUCGUGACGGCGAGUGCAUCCCCAGCAACAGUUUUGCUUCAACAGGGGAGUUUGCCUGCCGCUGCACAAACGGCAGAGUCCAGCCCAGCUGCUACACAUGUGAUACUAAUGAGUACUGUGCGAAUGGCCAGUGCUCUAUAAACCUCAUCACUCGCCUUCCAGAGUGCAGAUGUUCACCAGGCUGGGCAGGGCAUCGCUGUGAGUCUGUGGCCCACAGUGACAGUGGCUCAGGCUCAGACGGAC